CAGUGAGAUUAAACCGCAUAAUUAUUCACCUUUGGUAAAGUUCCUUUUUUUUUGUUGUUGUGGGAUGAUCAUCAGAUUCCACCACUCGAUUGGCAUCGCAAACCAACCCCUCAUCAUACCGAAAUCACCUCAAAAAUUUCUCUUCUUUUUUUGCUGCCCCUCAAAUCUUCCUGUUUAUAUAUCGACACUUUCAGAUAAUAAUUCGAUCGUUUGACAAAUUGUUGAGGGAGAGCCCACCCCACCUUGAUUGCGGGUAUUUUAAUUACUAUUCCUUAUUCCUCUAUUUGACUUCUAAUGGAAAAAAGAAUUUUAGAACAAUUGAGUUGAAACCCAACUCGGUUGUCAAAUUCUUUCAAUCUUCUUGUUCUUUAACGUGCAGCUCUUGUUGGGUCUGCUCCAGAAGUUAACGGAUGCUCUUGGUUUGAGGAAAAUCAGCCCUUGGUAUGGUUCUUUACCUUCACGAAUUUGUUCUCGUGCUUGGAGCUGAUAAGGGUUUUGGGUUUUUUUAUUUUUUUAUUUUUGGGGAAAGAGACUGGAGCUCUAUAGGUUUAAGUCUAGUUGUUUUUGAUCGGGAUAAUUUGUUUGAUCGCGAGCUGAGUAGAAUUCCCCAUGUCUGAGAGAAAGAUGCAGCCCUUCUCGUUCUUUGAGACCAGGAGGCUACUCUUCUGUGUAGUCUCCUUCUCAGUCUUCCUCCUCUUCUUCUCUUGCUUCACUCUUCUCAAGUCCAGCAACAGUAACUCACUCAUACCUGAUUCAGUUCUCUUGCUCAUGCUCCCCAAUAACACGCUAGCCUCAAAUGCCAGGCGUAUCGAUAGAAAACACCCUCCUACAACAGCCCCUCAAGGUGUUCGAGGAAAUUCCGGCGCUCAAAGAGAGAAGACAACUUGUGAUGUAAGUGAGGCCGGACUCAAGGUUUAUAUGUACGACUUGCCUCCUGAAUUCCAUUUUGGGUUGCUGGAUUGGAAAGGGACGAGAAGGAACCAGAUAUGGCCGGAUGUUGGUAAUUUGGAUGGGAUUCCAAGGUACCCUGGUGGGCUAAAUGUUCAGCACAGUGUAGAGUAUUGGUUGACGUUGGAUCUCCUUGCUUCGAAUGCUCCUAGCAUAGUGAGGCCUUGCACCACAAUUAGAGUGAACGACUCGAGGGAAGCUGAUGUGUUCUUCGUGCCGUUCUUCUCAUCAGUGAGCUAUAAUCGACAUUCUAAGCUUCGCGGUAGAGAGAAGAUUAGCAGAAACAAUUUCUUGCAGGAUAAAUUGGUGAAGUUCUUGGUUAAGCGAGAGGAGUGGAAGAGAUGGGGAGGAAAGGAUCAUAUCAUUCUAGCGCAUCACCCGAAUAGUAUGCUGGAGGCUAGGAAUAAGUUGGGGUCUGCUAUGUUCUUGCUUGCAGAUUUCGGGAGAUACCCAGUUGAGAUCGCGAACAUAAAGAAGGAUAUUGUGGCCCCUUAUGUUCACGUAGUCAACUCCGUUGGAAAGGAUUCCGCCCCCUUUGAAGACCGCCCUACAUUGGUUUAUUUCCAAGGAGCCAUCGUUAGGAAGGAUGGUGGCAUGAUUCGUCAGGAGCUCUAUCAACUUCUCAAAGAUGAAAAGGAUGUACAUUUCACUUAUGGAAGUGCACGGGGAGGUGGAAUCAAACAAGCAGGACAAGGAAUGGCUUCAUCAAAAUUUUGCCUCAAUAUAGCAGGAGAUACUCCAUCUUCAAACCGUCUCUUCGAUGCUAUUGUGAGCCACUGUGUGCCUGUUAUUAUAAGCGAUGACAUUGAACUCCCAUUCGAGGAUAUCUUAGAUUAUUCAGAGUUUUCGGUAUUUGUCCGUGCUUCUGAUUCUGUCAAGAAGGGAUUUCUAGUGAAGCUACUGAGGGGAAUUGACCGUGAUGAAUGGAUAAAGAUGUGGAAGAGAUUGCAGCAAAUUGCUCAUCAUUUCGAGUAUCAGUAUCCAUCAACAGAGGGGGAUGCAGUGCAAAUGAUUUGGCAAGCAGUUGCGCGCAAAUUAUCUCCUCUUCGAUUGAAACUUAACAAAGAGAGGAGAUAUUCUCACGAUCACGACUAGAAGAGAUAUUUUCAUGUACAUUGAUGUAUCAUUUACUUGUAGGAGUACCCAUGGAAUGUAGAAGAAUUUUCUUUAUAGGCUUCCAUUUAUAGUAAUAGCUGAUGAAUUUUGGCAUAUUACAGAAAAUCGUGUUUAAGUGAUAUAGAUAUCAAGGAUCUGUGCCUCUGUGAAAGUUUGAGAACAUGAGGUUGAAGUUUCUAAGUGGUUCCAGAUGCAAGAUUUUUUGAAUCAAGGACAUAAUAGCAAAUAAUGGAAUUUCAAAUUGUAUGUAGCA